AUGUCAACCGCCAAGAAGCUUCAGACAAAGCUCUUUGGAACUCCCAACCCAGCUAAAAAGUCUGCAGGUAAUGGAGAUAGUGGUGAUUCCACUCCUGCAGAGGGUAGAUCAAUCACCCCGACGCCUGGCUCUGCACCGUCCAACGCGAACGCGAACACGAACGCGAGUGAGGGCUUCAAAAUCGAUAUCCCAAGUCUGAACGGGGAAUCAGAAAAGAGGGAGAAGGACAAUCUGCCUAAACGGAAUGUCCCUCCCGCUCAAGAGAAUGGACAAUCUUCUCCUGCUCCUGCCGAAGAGACAGACACCCCCAGAGGCUCUAACAGAGGAGGUUUUCUCCGCGAUCGAAUCCAAGAGGAGUACCAACGCCAGCAAAGGGUCUAUCGAUCGGUAGAGAACUGGCGUCUCGACCAAGCAGACGCGUAUGAAGCUCACUGGAAGCGAUGGGGUCCAUACGUGUCCGAACGACAAUGGGGUACCGUCCGAGAAGACUAUUCUGCCAAUGGAGAUGCCUGGAACUCGUUCCCCUUUGAAAUGUCAACUUCGCGAGCCUAUCGAUGGGGUGAAGAUGGUAUCGCUGGUAUCUCCGACAAUCACCAACGUCUGUGUCUGACCCUUGCAUUCUGGAAUGGAAAAGACAAGAUCCUCAAGGAACGGUUGUAUGGUCUCAACGGGAGUCAAGGAAACCACGGUGAAGAUGUCAAGGAAAUGUACUGGUACAUCGAUUCCACACCCACCCACUCGUACAUGAAAUACCUGUACAAGUACCCUCAAGCCGAGUACCCCUACGAUCAGCUCAAAGAGGAGAACCAGAAUCGAAGUCGCGAGGUGUCAGAAUUCGAACUCAUGGACACGGACGUGUUCGAUGAGAACCGAUACUGGGACAUCUUUGUCGAGUACGCCAAAGACGAUCAUAACGUAGAUGCCAUGUCAAUCCGAAUUACAGCGUACAAUCGUGGACCUGACCCUGCGGACCUUCAUAUCAUUCCUCAAAUGUUUUUCCGUAACACCUGGUCCUGGCCAAAGGAAAUGCCUACGGGCAAGGACAUGCCCAACCUCCGAGAGAUCGAACCUGGUGUCAUUGAAGCCACACAUCCCACGCUUGGAAAGACCAGGCUGUACUGCACUGCCAGUCCUGGACCCGCCGAAGCGGUUGCAGGUGGUCAAUCCGAAGGGACAGUCUACGUCGAAGGACCAGAAGUGGUACCUGAGCUAUUGUUCACUGAGAACGAGACAAACUACGAGCGCCUUUACAAUGGAAAGAACCGUACGCCCUACGUCAAAGAUGCGUUCCACGACCACAUCAUCCCAUGGCACCGACCCAAGGAGCCCGAGCCCGAGCCCUCCUCGCCCACUGUGGGAUUGAAGCAGCGAAGGUCGUCCAAGUCCUCGAGCAAAUCUCCUUCCCUUCCGUCCAACUCCAAGAUGCAGCCUCCCGAGGGCGAACCCGCGCCGAAUGGCGAUGACGAAUCGAGGAAAGACAUCCACGCCAACGGUAACGGCACGCAUCACGAUGACGAGGGUGAAGAUGACGACGAGGAGGAGGAAGAAGAAGGUGCCGAGCACAUUGUGCAACCUCCUCCUACGCCUCGAAACCCUCGUGGCGCUAGACAAUUCGUCAAUCCCGAAAAGACUGGUACGAAGGCUGGAGCACACUACUUGUUCAAAGACGUGCCUGGUCAAGGUGGAUGCUGUGUCAUCCGACUCAAGAUGACCCCAUCUACGCCUGAAGAGGACGAGUCGAUCGAGUUGGAGGAUGAGUUUGACGACAAGAUUGACGAGCGACAUAUGGAAGCGGACGAGUUCUACGCACUGAUCCAACGUGGAGGUAUCAGUGCAGAUCUCAAGGACAUCAUGAGACAGGCUCUUGCCGGCAUGCUAUGGACCAAGCAAUAUUACCAGUACAUUCAGAAAGAGUGGAUGGAUGGUGACCCUGGUCAGCCUCCCCCUCCUCCUGAGAGGAAAUGGGUCAGAAACAGAGAAUGGAAGCACAUGUACAUCAACGACAUUCUCUCGAUGCCCGACAAAUGGGAGUACCCCUGGUUCGCCACUUGGGACACGGCUUUCCACUGCAUCCCCCUCGCCAUGGUUGAUCCCUCCUUCGCGAAGAAACAACUCGACUUGAUGACGCGAGAAUGGUACAUGAAGCCUGAUGGUGCCCUGCCAGCAUACGAAUGGAACUUUUCAGAUGUCAACCCACCUGUGCAUGCCUGGGCAACGUUCCGAGUCUUCAAAAUUGAGCGAAAGAUGCUCGGUCGAGCGGAUCUGAACUUCCUGGAGAGAGUGUUCCAGAAGCUCCUGUUGAACUUUACCUGGUGGGUCAACAGAAAAGACAAGGACGGGAACAAUGUAUUUGAGGGAGGUUUCCUCGGUCUGGACAACAUUGGACCUUUCAACCGAUCGGAACCUCUACCAACUGGUGGCACGCUCCGACAAGCCGACGGAACUGCCUGGAUGGCGUUCUUCUGUCUCAACAUGCUGAGUAUCGCCCUCGAGCUUGCCAAGCACAACUCGACAUACGAAGAUAUCGCUUCCAAGUUCUUUGAACACUUCCUGUUCAUCUCCGACGCCAUGACGUACCCCGCUGGCAAUGACGAGCGAUCAUCCCUGUGGAAUGAGGAAGAUGGCUUCUACUACGAUGCUAUCCAAUGGGGCUUUGGCAACUCUCAACAGCUCCCCGUCCGAAGCAUGGUCGGCCUUAUGCCCUUGUACGCGACGCUCGUUCUUGAGCCUCAAGUCAUUGGCAAGUUUAAAGGUUUCAAAAAGAGGAUGGACUGGUUCAUUGAGAAUCGAUCGGAUAUCUCCAUGCGAAAUAUUGCCAACAUAAGAGAGAAGGGUCGAGGGGACCGGAAACUUCUUGCCCUGGCAUCCAAGGACCGACUCGUCAGGAUUUUACAGCGAAUGUUGGACGAAAAGGAGUUCUUGUCAGAUUAUGGUAUCCGAUCUAUGUCCCUCUACCACCACGAGCACCCCUUCUCGAUGAACGUGAAUGGAGAAGAGUUUGGCGUCGGCUACUGGCCUGGAGACUCAAAGUCUGGCAUGUUUGGCGGAAACUCCAACUGGCGAGGCCCCAUCUGGUUUGCCGUCAACUUCUUGCUUGUCGAGAGUCUUCAGCGAUUCCACCAGUACUUUGGAGACGACUGUCAGGUCGAAUGUCCCACAGGAUCUGGCGAAUACAUGAAUCUUGCGGGAGUCGCUGAAGAAAUCCAACAUCGACUCAUGCAUAUCUUCUCAAGAGACGAAUACGGUCGACGAGCCGUCAACGGUGGAAAUCCCAAGCUUGACCGUGAUCCCUUCUUCCGGGACCUCGUCCACUUCUACGAAUUCUUCCAUGGCAACGAUGGAAGAGGUCUCGGAGCGUCUCACCAAACGGGAUGGACGGGAUUGGUCGCGUACUGUGUCGCCCAAGUCGGAGAGAAUGCCCGUCUUCCGAAGACCCCAAGGACCCCUCGAAGUAUCGCCCGUCAUUACUUUGAUGAACAGCUCAACACUCCCAGCGAGUUUGCAGAAGAUGGAUCGCUUUACUCUGCGUACUCGACUCAGUCCGUCUCCACGCAAUGGGAACCUGAGCCCGAUGAGCUGUAA